UGUUGGUACUUCGAAUAAAAUAGGAUUUACCAUUUGCUUAACACCAAAGACGACGGUCUUGAAUUGCUGCGAAAUUUGAUGCAUUAUGGGUUUGGUAACAAAUCACGCUUUAGCUUGAGGCGAUGCCGAUUCCGUGACUUUUGGCCAUCCCUAGUGAAGAGAAGUUUUUUUUUUGCGGUAGCGUGGUUGGCGUCGUCAGGCAAACAGCGACAACAGUGGAACAGCAACCGGCAGUCGAGGCAGACGACAGCGAGGACAGUAACUAUGAGGACAACAGCGACUGCGAGACAAUCGAAAGCUGCUUGCAUUUGUUUUUCUGCAUAAUAAGUCAUAGGUAAGGGCUCUGAUUUAUGGUGGAGUGGAUAACCGGAGGAGACCAUGCGACGGCCAUCUCGUUCCAUUUGGGAGUCGGCCAGUCGACCCUUGUUCGUGCGCUCCGUCUGGCUGGAGAGGAUCGGGGAUACUGGGCGCAGCCACCGACGCCACUUUAUACUCGACUAUGAGCCGCACGAGCGUCAGUGCCAACGACAAAACGCCAAACGAGCUGACAUCGGUUAUGGAAGCGAAUCAAACGAGUUUAACGGAAAGUCAACGGCAACAGAGAAUUACGCUGAUUAUAGCUUGAAUGAGUAUCUGCUAUUGGACGCGACCAAGCUGACGUUGCAGCACCAACAGCAAGUUUGCCAGAGCCAGGGCGUAAUGUCCAACAAAGUGCAAGCUGCCUUCACCGUGCUGCACAGCAGGCGUCAUUCGAAGCGACGUGCCUGGCUGCUGGGCAGCGAUAAGGGUUACCAGCUGGACCACCUAGCGGAUCGUCAGCCGCAUUCACGGCGUAGUUCGCUUCAGGAUUCACUGGCCACGAGUACAGUCAAUCCGGAGGAGCGUCUUGCGGAGCGUGUGAUCAAUUGGCUGGACUUGGCAGGUCGUGCGGAUAUUGUUAAAGCAUCGACACCAGUGCCAGUCAGUAGCAGCAGCGCAACGCUAUCGAGGAGCCAUCGAAUCAGUCGGCAUAACCAACGUGGCAUGAGCCUUAAACGUAGUGCCACGGGAACAGUUGCACCGCGUGAAGCGCCUAGGAAGCCCGCGACAAAGCAAGCGGUUAUGAAUUACUGCGCCAACUCCUCCAAUGCCAAGCCGAUAACCAUCAUUUUUAACAAGGAGGGAGUGCCCGUCCGCCUCAAUCGUCCGCCGCGCAACAUUGAUCUUUGUGCGCUUAGCAACAGCGCCAGCACGACGCGUCGCAUGGCCGGACAGUUGGCAUCGGCCAGGUUAUAUAAUGGCACUGCUGCAGCACCCACUGCGAAAGACGCACGUACUCCGCCACUAAGCAGUCGCGGAUUGAACGCAACCCAACAGGACAGUCGUAAGCAGCUGCACAUCUUCAUGCCAAGUCUGCCCAAGAAGGGCCUGCUCCUGGCAGCAUCGAGUAACGAGGAUGCGCUAAGCGCUAGUUUAAGUGAAUUAUAUUUUUAAGCGCUAAAAUUAAAACGCGUA